AAGGGCGGGGAGGCUGGGGUGUGGAAAGUGUGGCGGCCCCGCCCCGGCUCUGGGACCUGCCGCGGCCGCCACCGCCGCCGCCGGCGCCUCAGCUGUAGGGGACCCGCGCGGGUGCGCAGGCGAAAGGCGCUCUUUGCCAGCUGAAAGCCCACCAUGGCGGACGAAAUUGAUUUCACUACUGGGGAUGCUGGGGCUUCCAGCACUUACCCUAUGCAGUGCUCGGCCUUGCGCAAAAACGGCUUCGUGGUGCUCAAAGGACGACCAUGCAAAAUAGUGGAGAUGUCAACUUCCAAAACUGGAAAGCAUGGUCAUGCCAAGGUUCACCUUGUUGGAAUUGAUAUUUUCACGGGCAAAAAAUAUGAAGAUAUUUGUCCUUCUACUCACAACAUGGAUGUUCCAAAUAUUAAGAGAAAUGAUUACCAACUGAUAUGCAUUCAAGAUGGUUACCUUUCCCUGCUGACAGAAACUGGUGAAGUUCGUGAGGAUCUUAAACUGCCAGAAGGUGAACUAGGCAAAGAAAUAGAAGGAAAAUACAAUGCAGGUGAAGAUGUACAGGUGUCUGUCAUGUGUGCAAUGAGUGAAGAAUAUGCUGUAGCCAUAAAACCCUGCAAAUAAAUGGGAACAUCAAGCAUGAACACUGUUUAGUACGAUCCUCUGUGCUUUUAGCAGAGCUGAGGACUUCCAAA